AUGAUCAAUGGAGGUGGACACAACAGCUCUACAAUUAGGAGAAAGCAAAGGAGAGAAGUGAUGAACAUCAGAGAAACUCACAUGCCACCCGUAAUCUUUGAUGUCGAAGAUUAUGAACAUGUCAAAGCACCUCACAACGAUGCCUUAGUGGUAACUACUAUCAUUGAGAAUUGGAACAUGGAGCGAAUCUUAAUCGAUAAAGGAAGUGCAGUGAACCUUAUGACAAACGCGGCGUACAAAAUGCUUGGAGGAACCGCAUCGAGGUUGCGCCGAGUCCUGAUUCCAUUGUCAGGACUCGGUGGCCCCUCCAUCAAUCCGCUAGGAGCAGUUACCUUGGAAGUGAUAAUCGGCCCAGAGAGAGGAAUCAACAAGAAAGUCAUGUCGCUAUUUAACAUAGUAGACAUGGAAUUAACAUACAACGCCAUCCUCGAAAGACCCUUCCUUCAUGACUCAGCUGCGGUAACUAGCAUAAGAGCAUUAGCAAUGAAAAUACCAACCGAAAAAGGAGUAGUGACGCUGAGAGGAGAUCAGAAUAUCGCUAAGAAAUGCUACGACGAGUCCGUGGUAGAUCUUCAAGAGAACAAGACCGAGAAGAAGGAAGAAUAG